AAGAGGAUUUUAGGCUUUGUUUGGAUUAUUUUUGUAGUGAUUAGGUGAGAGUUUUUGGUGUUCAUAUUUAUUAUUCCGUAGAAGUCCAGUGACUGACUCGGUCUUGUUGUUGGUUCGUCUUUUCCCUCCCCAAAACCCAAUCGAUUCGAUCUGCACUGUGGAAUGGCGAGGAGUAGAUCGUCUUCCACUGUAUGGCGUUACAUAAAUCCGGCUUACUAUUUGAAACGACCUAAGCGCCUUGCCUUGCUCUUCAUUGUUUUCGUUUUUGCAACCUUCUUCUUUUGGGAUCGACAAACUUUACUCCGUGAUCACGAGGAAGAGAUCUCUAAGUUGAAUGAAGAAGUGAUACACUUGCGGAAUCUGCUGGAAGAAUUGAAGAAUGGUGGAGACAUAUCAAUUGGAAAAAAGAAAUAUAGUGGUGAAGGUGGUCAGGCGGUGAAGAAUAUGGACUCACCAGAUAAUAUCCUCGAUGCUCAGCGAAGAGAGAGAGUAAAAGAUGCUAUGCUUCAUGCUUGGAGCUCUUACGAAAAAUAUGCAUGGGGCCAUGAUGAACUACAGCCGCAAACAAAGAAUGGUGUUGACAGUUUUGGUGGUCUUGGAGCAACCUUGAUAGAUUCUCUUGACACACUAUUUAUUAUGGGCUUGGAUGAGCAGUUUCAGAGAGCUAGAAAUCCUUGUUUUAUCAUCAGACCAGAACUGUGUUGUGAAGGGCGAGAGCACCUUAUCACCUUUGGUGAGAGGCAAGGCAAGGUGAGGCCUUGUCGCCUAUUCCUGGCAAGGCAAGGCAAGAUAAAGAAGGCGACAAAAGGCGAGUUGCGAUGCGGUGAGGCAAGAUGGGUUGCAAACUCCUUGGAUUUCAACAAGAACUAUGAUGCAAGUGUUUUUGAGACAACCAUAAGGGUUGUAGGUGGGCUUCUUAGUACGUAUGAUCUAUCUGGUGAUAAACUUUUCCUUGAUAAGGCUCAAGACAUUGCUGACAGAUUGUUGCCUGCAUGGAAUACCGAAUCUGGCAUCCCUUACAACAUUAUCAACUUGGCUCAUGGGAAUCCACAUAACCCUGGGUGGACAGGGGGUGAUAGUAUCCUGGCAGAUUCUGGUACUGAGCAGCUUGAGUUUAUUGCUCUUUCACAGAGGACAGGAGACCGAAAAUAUCAACAAAAGGUGGAGAAUGUCAUCUUAGAACUUAACAGAACUUUUCCAGAUGAUGGUUUGCUUCCGAUAUACAUUAAUCCACAUAAAGGCACAGCAUCAUACUCAACUAUAACAUUUGGAGCUAUGGGUGACAGCUUUUAUGAAUAUUUACUCAAGGUCUGGAUACAAGGAAACAGAACUGCUGCUGUGAGUCAUUAUAGGAAAAUGUGGGAGACAUCAAUGAAAGGUCUUGAAAGCUUGGUCCGGAGGACGACGCCUUCGUCUUUUGCGUAUCUUGGUGAGAAGAUGGGAAGUUCUGUAAAUGACAAGAUGGAUGAACUUGCAUGCUUUGCUCCUGGAAUGUUAGCUUUAGGAUCAUCUGGUUAUAGCCCUGAUGAGGCUCAGAAGUUCUUAUCACUGGCUGAGGAGCUUGCUUGGACUUGCUAUAACUUUUACCAGUCAACACCUACAAAAUUGGCAGGAGAGAACUAUUUUUUUAAUGACGGCCAAGAUAUGAGUGUGGGCACAUCAUGGAACAUAUUAAGGCCAGAGACAGUUGAGUCACUGUUUUACCUCUGGCGUUUAACAGGAAACAAGACAUACCAAGAGUGGGGUUGGAACAUAUUUCAAGCAUUUGAAAAGAACUCAAGGGUAGAGUCUGGAUAUGUUGGACUUAAAGAUGUAAACACUGGUGUCAAAGACAAUAUGAUGCAAAGCUUCUUUCUUGCGGAGACUCUUAAAUAUCUGUAUCUUCUUUUCUCUCCGUCAUCAGUUAUCUCCCUUGAUGAGUGGGUUUUCAAUACAGAAGCCCACCCCAUAAAAAUUGUUACUCGGAAUGAUCGGGCAGUGAGUUCUGGAAGGUCAGGUGGAAGCGAAGAAUCAGAUAGGCAGUUGCGAACCAGGAAAGAAGGUCGAUUUCGAGUUCAUCAUUAAUGGAGCUGUUGAUUAAUUAUAAUGGGAUCCAGUCACCAAGAAAGUGCUAAGUAGCCUCUCUCGUAUGAGGUGAAGGAAGGAUGUGCACUACUCUGUUAAUUCCAGAUUGGGUGGAUGUAUUGCUAUACUUUGUAGUUUAUAAUGCUCUAACAUGGAGCAGUAGUAACUGUAUGUAGCAUAGCAAAUUUAGGUUCGCCUCUUAAAUUGGGGUGUACCGUAGAGGAUAAUUUUUUUUCCUUUUGGCUGGCCGCUCUACAUUUUUGGGCUCGAUGAGCAACUUGCUACUCUGACAGGGAGUUAGUUAUCUCUUAUACGUAUGUGAAUGUGAUAUCUUUGCGACACAAUAUAUAUCAUAUAUAUAUUAGUUACAACA